CGCUCUCGAACUUCCCUCUCGUGAGAAACACCCGAUUCAGUAAACAUGGCGGCGUUGAGGAAACGUAUUUCAGACUUUUGCGGCGGUAUUCUCUCGAACAGUAUAAAUUUGUCAGGAUGCAACUUUCAACAGACACGAAGUCAUAUUAAUGCCAGAAUGAGACGGGACAUGAAACGCAGGAAUUGGGCGAAGCAGUAUUCAGAGGAACGCUUGCGAUUGGUUGUCAUGAAGAGAAACGAUAUUUUACCGGUUGAAAUAAGAGAGCUUGUGGGCAAACAAAUAGAUGAAACGAUUCCCAGACAGACCGCUCUGAGACAAUUGACACCGAGGUGCGUGGUGACUUCUCGUGGUUACGGUACUAUGCAGAGAUGGAGAAUAUCGAGAUUUAUCUUCCGCGAUUUGGUCGAUUACAACAAAAUCUCUGGAUUACAACGUGCUAUCUGGUAGAAUGGUACAUGUCGAACUGUACGCUACUCUUUCAAUGUGCACAUAUUUUAGUGAAAUAUACAUGUGAGAAUGGAUGCGAAUAUAACUGUAAAGAAUAAGUCUAA